CUUUGGACCAAGUGCAAGAAACAACACAACUUUAAGCGGGUGCAAAGCAUAGCACCAACUUAAAGGUGGGGUGCAGGAAAUAGCAUAAAUGAUGUCGGAGAACGGAGAUUCCGCCGGAACUAGGGAAUCUCUAUUAUUUUAAUGUUUUUGUUAAUUCCCUCCCCUUUUUUUUAGUAAGUCACGUGACCCCUUGUUUUUCCCUCCUUUCCAUUUCUUUUAUGUUUCUCUCUCUUCUCUUCUUCUUCUCCAAGCUAAUUUCUGCUGUAGAUGACACUUCUGGAAAUCGCAAUUUUAGACAAGGAAGACGAAGAUCAAUUGAAUAUCAACGCGCGAAGCAAAAUCUGAACUUCAAGUUGUCAAUAAUGCAUGGUGUUAAAACUAUAUUCCCUAAUGUGGAACAUAGGAACUGUGCUAGACACAUCUGGCCUCCAUGGCACAAAAAACAUAGGGGAGAUGGUUUGAAAGAGAAAUUUUGGCAGGCUGUUUAUGCCUAUAACAUGGCAGAUUUUGAUUUAGCCCUACAGGAGAUGGAUGUGUUAUCCACAGCAGCUGUAGAGGAUUUCAAGGCUUUGAAACCUAAGACUUUUUGUAGGUUUGGUUUUAGGAUUCACACUAAGUGCAACCUUGUGGUGAACAAUCUUGCUGAAACAUUCAAUGGGUGGAUUCUGGAAUCCAGGUCAAAGCUAAUUUUGGGGAUGCUAGAAGAUAUUAGGAGGGCAGUUAUGGAGAGAUUGUUCUUGAAGAGAACAUUGAUGGAGAGAGCAAAGGAUGAUAUUUGUCCUAGAAUAAGAAAAAGGCUAGAAACAAACAAGGAAUAUGCUAAGACCUGUCAUGUUCUUGCAUCUGAUAAAAUGGAGUUUGAAGUGCUAUGUGGUAUGGAGGUUUUAAUAGUGAAUCUAGAAAGCAAGAGUUGUACAUGCAGGAGAUGGGACUUAACUGGAAUACCUUGCUCUCAUGUUAUUGCUUGCAGCAAUUGGCUUAGAAUGCCAUGUGAAGAGUUGGUGGAUCCCAUACUGAAGAAGGGGGUAUACUUAGCUGCCUACAGUGGGUCAAUCAAGCCAAUAAGAGGAGAGAGACAUUGGGAUAAGGUUGAAUUCCCACUGUUACCUCCUAAUAUCAAGGUUGGAGCAGGUAGACCUAGGAAAAUGAGGAAGAAAGCCCCACAUGAGAGGGAAGAAAAGGCUGGAAAAUUAAGCAAACAUGGAAUACAAAUGACAUGUAGCUUGUGCAAAGGCAAAAACCACAAGUGA